AUGGGGCUAGCCCCCCGGGCACUGGCAUACCAGACAGUGCCGGUGCCGGCCUCGCGGGAGUUCCGGGAGUACCCUGAGAGGGGCUGCAUGACCUUCUCAGCUCCCGGAGUCCCUGCCAAGUUCUUCUACAUGGAGGAGCCCACGCGAUGCCCCAGCCCAGCCAUGCCCCUCCGCAGCUCUGGCUAUGCCAGCUACCCCUACCCUGGCCGCCAUGGCGUCCCCCAGCACUUUUAUGCCGAGGACCCGGCCAAAGCUGCUGUCCACACAGUGCCACCCCGAACGUUGUAUGUGGAGGAGGCACGGGGCUACCCAGUGCAGGAGGCACCUGCCUGUGCCUUCUACGGGGACGAGCCCCGCUUCUACGCCCCCCGCAGCACCCCUAUCAAAACUCUCUAUGCCGAGGAUGCCCGGACAUACCCGGCCCUUGGCUCCUCUGCCCGGCUAUUCUAUGCUGAGGACUACGGGAGGUACCAGGAGCGGGAGGUGCUGUCACGGACGUGCCCCCCGCCCCGCAGUGCCCAGCCCUUGCACUUCAGGGAGUGGUUCUGCCCUGAGCAGGGUGCGCUGCCCUACCAGACCUUGCAGGUGUCCCGCUUUGCCCCGCAGCCAGCUGGCCGGGAGGCCAUGCUUUCCUCCUGGCACGGCAGCUACAGUGUAACCCCACCACGGCUGGGCAGGGAGAGCCAGCACUACUCCAAAUCCUGGGAUAACAUCCUGGCGCCAGCAGGGCACAGGGAGGAGGUCCUGCAGCGCGGGCGCAGCUAUGAGAACCUGCUGGCCCAGGAGCAGCACCGUGCCUUAUCCCCCGAGGAGCGCCGGCAGCCAGUGGUCAUCAACCUAUCGAGCUCGCCCAAGCGCUACGCCGCUCUGUCCCUCUCCGAGAGCUCCAUCCUUGAGAGGGUCCACAGCGAUGGUGGCCGUGGUCCCCCAGGCCGCUCCUGGUACGUCACUCCAGAGAUCACCAUCACUGAUAAUGACAUCCGUGCCGAAGGGCUGGGCCGGAGCGAGAGGCGCUCAGCCAGCUGGGACAUGCUGGACACAGGGCGAGAGUCUGGUCCCUAUGCCGUGCCCUGCGCCCCACAGCCCAUCCCCAAGGAGAGUGGCUCAGGGCGCCAGCGCAGCCUGGAACAGCUGGAUGAGCUCAUCACUGACCUUGUGAUUGACUACAAGCCAGCACCAGGCCACCGUGCCAGGGACAGGGACAGCCUUGCUGAGCAGCUCAAGCAGCUUCUGAGCAGCAGCAGCAACACCCCAGGGCCACCCCGAAAGGCCCCACUGUCCGUUGGCCCUUUUGAGAAGUCACCAGAGAACUGCUCGCCUGACCUGAGUGCGGAGGAGGACGACAUGAUGAUGUGUUCGAAUGCCAAGUGCCGGCGGACAGAGACCAUGUUCAACGCCUGCCUCUACUUCAAGUCAUGCCACAGCUGCUACACCUACUACUGCUCCCGGCACUGCCGCCGGGAGGACUGGGACACGCACAAGGAGAGCUGUGUCUAUGGGCGUGUGGGCAGCGUCUGCCGCCACGUCCUGCAGUUCUGCCGGGAGAACACAGAGGUGCACAAGGCCUUCUCACGCAUUGCCAAGGUGGGCUACCUCUCCCGUGGCCGCGGUGUCCUCUUCCUGGGCUUCCCCAAUGCCGGCUCAGCUGAGAACUUCCUGCAGUUUGGGCUGGAAAGCCUGCUGAUGUCCCCUACCUACCUGUCCCUGCGGGAACUCGACAGCUACUCGGACAACCUGGGGGAGUACGCUCAGGAACUGCGGGAGACGGGCAACCAAUAUGACCCCAACGAAUGUUUCCUGCUGCAUGUAACUGUGGCUGUCACCCAAAAAGUGCCGGAGAGGCCGUCGCCGAAGGCACAGGUGCCGACGGUCAGGAAAUACGCCAAGGUGGCCUUAGCCUCCUCCAGCCCUGAGAAGAAGAUCUUGAAGAAGGAGCGGGACAUGGAGACGUUGAUCCUGCCUCCGCCGCCUGGCACAGCAGACAUUGACAAGGAGGGGGAGGAGGGCCGCAAGGCGCGGGAGGUCUGCUUCAUCAACAUCCAGCGGGAGCUGCGCAUCCGCGGCGUCUUCCUGCGGCACGAGUUUCCUGCUGUCUAUGAGCAGCUCUGCGACUUCGUGGAGAGCAACAAGCGCUUCACCCCCACCACCAUCUACCCCAUCGACAAGAGGACGGGCAAACAGUUCAUGUGCAUGAUCAUGGCAGCUUCUGAGCCCCGCACCCUCGACUGGGUGGCCAGCCCCAACCUCCUGGAUGACAUAAUGUGA